AUGCAAAACACACGGGGUGUACCCAUAGCUGUCACAGCCACACGAAUAGAUAUGAAAUUGGCAAUAGUAGCUGUCCCAGGGUCUGUCAUUGAGGGGUCUGACGGUGGUGAGGUAAUAGCAGCUCUUGGAGGGAAUCAUGCUAUUGCACAGCUCCAUAGACCUGAAGCAGACAUCGCUUUAAAUAUAAGCGUAAACGCAAACAGGGGGUUUAUUAUCGCCAAACAAAAUAUUGAUGGGAAACCAUGCGCACUAUUAGUAAAGGUGAAACGCUGGAGCAAUGGGCGGCGAACGGUGGAAAUCAUUGGAGCUGCCACAAAGAUAUUCACAUUCAAUCAACCAGCAGAUUUCAUACAUAUCGCAAAUGCGCCUACAAUGGCGGGUGCUGAAGUGGGACAAAAUGAGACAAAUCAACUUGAUGAUGGCCUGGUACCACCAUUCUUCACAAAAAUUAAUUCAAUCGCGAAUUUAUUCAAGGGAAACUUUUUAAAUGCGCCACAAGAGAAAUCGGGCAAGAUUAAUGGGUCACAAAUGUUUAAUGCAGUCGCACACUUCGAUGAUGACACAAUUCCAACAGAACCACUGCAAUCCAACGUGCUAGCACCGCCAGAUGAGUUAUUGGUGGCGGCGCUUGAGAACCUUUUCAAUCAGAGGCCAGUAUGGCUGAGAGCAGCCAUGGAUGAACAUCUUCCGACAACGUUCUCCACUUGGAAGAAAAAAGUCGCGUUCGCACGCACGUGCUACAUUUUCGCAGAUGGGCCGUGGAGAGGAUGUAUGUGUAAACUCGGUUAUGACCCAAGGAAACACCGAAGUUCGCGAAUAUAUCAGAUCAUCGACUUUAGGGACACAUAUUACAGAACUAUAUCGUGGAAAACAGAUAAACAGGCGAAUAACAGGCCGGAACAGGUCACGGAAUCAUCAACCAUGGCUGUCGAUGAAACAUACGCAAACGCAGUGGCAAACAUACCACAUUUCAAUCCAGAGGUUCAUUUCCUAGCACCUCCGUCAAGGCCAUCGCAACUGUAUCAAUUGUGUGAUAUUUUCGACGCUGCCAUACAGAAGUUGGUUAAUGAGAAUGAUGCGGACAAUCUUAUGGACUACAAUCCCACAUGUUCAAAAUCAACAGGAUGGUAUUCACAGUCCACGUUGUCGAAAAUUAGGGAUAUGAUGAAUGUGAAGAGUCUCAGAAUGAGACAAACACGACGUGCAAGUUAA